AUGUACACAUGCCUAACCUGUCAGGCCGAAGGCCUGGAAGAGUUUGGUAAGCAUUUCACAACCACAAGGCAUAAAAAUGUGAAAUUCAAUGACAUAGACGAAACCAUCAAGUGUGAGGAGUGUGAUGAUACCAAUAUUCACGGUUUGAAGAUGAUACGAUAUGGUCUAAGCGCCAUCACUCUUCGUUGUGCCGAAUGCUCCAAGCUGUCUGACCCAGAGGCCGAACUGGCAACAUACUCCCUUUCAAAUGGCUCCCUUUUCACCAAGUUACCUCAAUAUUAUACAUACAGAGACAUCGAAUGCAUGCGUUGCGGAAGCGAUAAAAACGUCAUGGUGGCUAAUAGAGGCAAUAAUAAGUACAUUUACUGUCGUGACUGUCGUGGUCUCACUGAAGAUCUUCCCUCGGGCAUGAACUGGAUCCCAGAGAACCACCAAGGGUUCUUGGAGGCCUUGCUUGGUAUCACAGAACAUGUACCUAAGCUGAAGGGCAAGGCGCCGGUGCGUAAGGGAAAGAAGAGCGACAAACCCAGGAGACCAAAGAAGGUGGAUCCUAAUGCGGAGGAGAAGAAGGCGUAUUACGAAGCCAAGAUGGCCACAAAAGCUCAAUUUCAACUGGGUACUACUAUCAAAGCCAAGGGAUCUGAAAGUGCAAACUCGAAUCAAGGAAGUCGUUCCUCUCUGAGAGGUAGUACCAGAUCCCCAGUGCUGAAAAAAGACAAGUCUGACUAUCUUCGCCAGAGGCCUGUUCCAGAGUCGAGAACAAAGCUGAAUCAAGCGCAAGGUAAGCUGACCAAAGGCUCGAAGGGGUCUGAAGUAAAGAAUGGUAAGUCAGCCGCCGGUAAGCCUAACAAACAGGCUGAAAGUACGAAUGGUACCACUGAGGAAUCCAAGUUAGUGCAACCCAAACCUCGCCCUCCUAUUAAUUUACCCAAUGGCAUCUACGAGUAUCAACCAUCAGCGGAGCCUCGUCUUCAGUAUAGUGAUAUGACCAAUUACUACAAUGAGAUGUGCUUCAAUUUGUUCCUCGAGGAAAAGGCUGCUCUUGCGAACAACAACACCUCGGUUUUGCAAAGUGAAGAUUUCGUCUUAGAGUGGUAUGCUCAGCAGGACGUCAAACACAAGCAGUACAAGGUUCAAAUUCUUCUCACCCAGGAUGUUCUUGAUCGCUACAUGUCAAAGAAUAUGCAAGCUGUUAAGAGUACACCCUUCGCUCAAGACCAGGGUAUGAUUCUUGUAUUAGAUGACAGGAUUCCAUGGUACGGACGGAUUGCCAUGGUCGAUACCUUCAAUCCUGAGAAGCCUUCCUUCAAGAAAGGUUAUAAGGGGAGAGGAAAACCUAGAGGUCCGAAGCCAACAGGGCCUCAAGUUUGUGAAAUGGCCAUUGAACUAUACCUGUGGAACACGAUGCCAUUGCCGACUGCGGUGGAUGUCAACUACCUCACACUUCUCCCUGUCUCAGUUCCAACCUCGAGAAUAUUUUUCGCUAUGCUGAAGCUUCUGAACCCGAAGUUCAAAGACCUAUUGUUGGGACAAAAAGAGGUGAAGCAGCUUAAUUUCAAGAAUUACUUGCAAUUGACGAAGGACACAUUCAAUGAGUCUCAAAAAGUUGGUUUGCAGUCUGUUUUGAACAAUUCAAUCACUGUCUUGCAAGGUCCUCCGGGCACUGGUAAAACUUCCACCAUCCACGAAAUCAUCUUGCAAAUGUUGGAGAAGAUGCAUACCUCGCCAAUUCUUGUUGUUGCGGCCUCCAACAUUGCAAUCGAUAAUAUUGCUGAAAAGCUCUUAGAGAAACACGGCAAGUCGAUAUUAAGAAUCACUUCCUUGCAGAAAGAGAUCGAAUAUAACAAGGAACAUCCAUUGGCUUCAAUUUGUUUGCAUCAUAAAGUUUACGAUGGCUUACCCGCCCAUCAGCAAGAGGCGUUGAAGGCUCUCAGAAGACCGAAUGAAAAGAUUUCCAAGGCUCAAUAUCUGAAACUUAUGUCAUCAAUCAUUGACUUUUCAAACAGGAUAAUAGCUCUGAGUAAGGUGAUCUUGACGACGACUGUCACCGCUGGUGGUUUGCAAUUGAAAGCUCUCCCCAGAAUCCCGAUUGUUAUCAUGGAUGAAGCCACUCAAUCUUCGGAACCAUCUACUCUUAUCCCACUUUCCAUGAAUGGGGUUGAAAAAUUUGUCUUCGUCGGAGAUCAUAAGCAACUCAGCAGCUUUUCAGAUAUUCCAAACCUUUCAUUAUCGCUUUUCGAAAGAAUUCUCCGCAAUGGUACUUACAAAACUCCCCAUAUGCUUGAUACGCAAUACAGAAUGCAUCCUGCCAUUAGUGAAUUUCCAAGACACAAGUUCUACAACGAUCUACUCAAAGAUGGUAUAACGGCUGAGCAUCGGAUCAAGGAAGGAAUCCCCGCCAACCCUGUGACUUUUUGGGACACAAAUGGCAAGAAACCAGAGAAGAUUGUUUGGAGCAGAUUUAAGAGCGAAGGCGGUAUGACCUACGCGAACCAGGGUGAGAUCCUGAGUAUCGAAAAAGUGUUGAUGACUCUCAUUUAUGACAAGGGCAUCAAAAAGUCCGACAUCGGUGUGAUUACGCCUUAUAGAGGUCAAAGAGACUUAAUUUCAAAUACAUUGGUGAAGAAUGACCUUAUCAAUCCAGAUAAAGAUGUCAUCCAUGAGGAUGUUGAUCGUGAUGACUUUUUUGACACCUCUAAGCCCGUCACCAUCCACACGGUGUCCGAUAUUAUGAUAGCCUCUAUCGAUGCCUUCCAGGGAAGAGAAAAGGAUUUCAUGAUCAUGUCUUGCGUACGCUCCAAUAAGGAUAAUAAGGUGGGUUUUUUGAAGGAUGAAAGAAGACUUAACGUCGCAUUAACUAGAGCAAGGUAUGGGUUGAUCAUCAUUGGAGAUGCAACCUGUUUGAGAAGUGACCCCUUGUGGAAUGAGUAUAUCGAACACCUUACCUCAAAAGGGCUGUUACUUUCUGGGGACGAAUUUGUGUACUCCUGA